CAGCCGUCUCCGAUAACUACGCAUGCGCGCUGUAUACAAAAUGUCGGGAGGAUCGGAAAGGUUAAAAAUGAGAAGGAAUUUAUCUCCAGGAAGCUCAAACAUGGCACACCAGUUUUGUUGUCUCUGUCCAGAUAUUUAAGAAGUGGGGCGAGGGAUUCAAUCGACCAUCCUUCCUGCUCAGACUGUGGGGAGGGAUUCACUCGGUCAUCCUUCCUGCUCAACUGUGGGGAGGGAUUCACUCCGUCAUCUGACCAACUGGCACGCCCGUCAUUUUACACAGGAGAGAGGCCGUUCACCUGCUCAGAAGGUACAUCAGCACAUUCACACUGGGCAAGGCCAUUCACCUGUACUGUGUGUGAGAAAGGAUUCAGUCAGUCUUCCCACCUGUGGACACACCAGUCAGAUCACUCUGGGCAAAGGCUGGUGAUCUGCUGAAUAUCUGGGAAAGGAUUCACUCAGUCAUCUGACCUAAUGGCACACCAGCGUGUUCACACUGGGCUGAGGCCGUUCACCUGCUCACAAUGUGGGAAGGGAUUCACUCAGUCAUCCCACCUGCACAGUCACAAGCGAGUUCACACUGGGGAGAAGCCAUUCACCUGCUCAGAAUGUGGGAAGGGAUUCACUCAGUCAUCCACACUACAGAGUCAUCAGCGAGUUCACACUGGAGAGAGGCCUUUCACCUGCUCAGAGUGUGGGAAGGGAUUCACUCGGUCAUCCCAACUACUGGCACACCAGCAAGUUCACACUGGGGAGUGGCCUUUCACCUGCUCAGAAUGUGGGAAAGGAUUCACUAAAUCAUCCAGCUUACUGUUACAUCAGCGAGUUCACACAGGGGAGAAGCCAUUCAGCUGCUCAGUCUGUGGAAAGAGAUUCAUUCAGUCAUCUUACCUGCAGAGUCAUCAGCGAGUUCACACAGGGGAGAAGCCGUUCAGCUGCUCAGUGUGUGGGAAGAGAUUCACUCAGUCAUCCCACCUACUGAAUCACCAGCGAGUUCACACUGGGGAGAGGCCGUUCACCUGCUCAGACUGUGGUAAGAGAUUCACUCAGUCUUCCACCCUACAGAGUCAUCAACGAGUUCACACUGGGGAGAGGCCGUUCACUUGCUCAGAAUGUGGGAAGAGAGUCACUGAUUCAUCUGCCCUACAGAGACAUCAGCGAGUUCACACUGGGGAGAAGCCGUUCACCUGCGCAGAAUGUGGGAAGAGAUUCACUGAUUCAUCCACCCUACAGAAGCAUCAGCGAGCUCAUACUGGGGAGAAGCCGUUCACCUGCUCAGAAUGUGGGAAGAGAUUCACUCAAUUAUCCAAUCUACAGAGACAUCAUCGAGUUCACACUGGGGAGAAGCCGUUCACCUGCUCAGUCUGUGGGAAGAGAUUCACUGAUCCAUCCACCCUACUGAGUCAUCAGCGAGUUCACACUGGGGAGAAGCCAUUCACCUGCUCAGAAUGUGGGAAGAGAUUCACUCGGUCAUCCUACCUACAGAGUCAUCAACAAGUUCACACUGGAGAGAAGCCGUUCACCUGCACAGAAUGUGGGAAGAAAUUCACUUGGUCAUCCACACUACAGAGUCACCAGCGAUUUCACACCGGGGAGAAGUCGUUCAUCUGCUCAGACUGUGGGAAGGGAUUCACUGACUCUUCCACCCUACAGAGACAUCAGCGAGUUCACACUGGGGAGAAGCCAUUCACCUGCUCAGAAUGUGGGAAGGGAUUCACUCAGUCAUCCCACCUACUGGAACACAAGUUAGUUCACACUGGGGAGAAGCCGUUCACCUGCGCAGAAUGUGGGAAGAGAUUCGCUCAUUCAUCCAACCUACAUAGUCAUCAGCGAGUUCACACUGGGGAGAAGCCGUUCACCUGCUCAGAAUGUGGGAAGAGAUUCACACACUCUUCCACCCUUCAGAGACAUCAGCGAGUUCACACUGGGGAGAAGCCAUUCACCUGCUCAGAAUGUGGGAAGGGAUUCACUCUGUCAUCCCACCUACUGGCGCACCAGUCAGUUCACACUGGGGAGAGGCUGUUCACCUGCUCAGACUGUGGGAAGGGAUUCACUCAGUCAUCCAACCUACAGAGACAUCACCAAGUUCACACUGGGGAGAAGCCAUUCACCUGCUCAGUCUGUGGGAAAGGAUUCACUCGGUUAUCCCAACUACUGGAACACAAGUCAGUUCAUAGUGGGGAGUGGCCAUUGUUAUGAAUCCCUAGGUUUCGUUUGAUAUGGACUGUCAUUUUAAGAGAGAUUAAGAAGGUGAAUCAGUCUGACUUGCAGCUUGUUUACAUCGCUCGCAGCUUGUUUUGUUUUAACCGAGGACACAGACACUCAGAGUCAGAUGGAGACGGAUGAAAAAUGGAAGGAUUGAAACCAGGGAACUAGUGGCCAAAGGUCACUGUUUAGAACUUUCCUGUGCCCACAAGGGUGGGUUAAUUAUCCAUUCACUGUACAUUGAAUGUGUGGUUGUCACCUUGUUUGAUCCAUAGACGUGUAUCUGAUUUGAGGUAUCCUGUGAAGUCCACUUAUGUGUUAACCCUUGCCUGGGUGUGACGUGGUCAUUCAUUUGAAGAUGAUACCCCUCAUGACAAGUCACUUUCGGUGAUAAUUCGUAUGUAGAUUUGUAAAGAUGACGGAUAAAAUCUACAGCAACUGGUCUCUCAUUUUACCACUGUGGAACCUGUAGAACAGACAGACAGACAGACGUACUUUAUUGAUCCUGAGGGAAAUUGAGUUUCAUUUCAGCCGCACCAACCAAGAAUAGUGUAGAAAUAUAGCAAUAUAAAACCAUCAAUAAUUAAAUAAUAAUAAGUUAAUCUUUGCAAGUGGAAAUAAUUCCAGGACCAGCCUAUUGGCUCAGGAUGUCUGUCACUACGAGGGAAGAUUAGAAAAGUUUGAUGGCCACAGGCAGGAAUGACUUCCUGUGACGCUCAGUGUUACAUCUCGGUGGAAUGAGUCUCUGGCUGAAUGUACUCCUGUGCCUAACCAGUAUAUUAUGGAGCGGAUUGGAGUCAUUGUCCAAGAUGGCAUGCAACUUGGACAUCAUUCUCUUUUACGACACCACCGUCAGAGAGUGCAGUUCAACCCCCAGAACAUCACUGGCAUUACGAAUGAGUUUGUUGAUUCUGUUGGUGUCUGCUACCCUCAACUUUCUUCCCCAGCACACAACAACAAACAUGAUAACACUGGUCACCACAGCCUCGUAGAACAUACUCACCAUCGUCUGGUAGAUGUCAAAGGACCUCAGUCACCUCAGGAAAUAGAGUCGGCUCUGACCCUUCUUGUAAACAGCCUGUGUGUUCUUUGAGCAGUCCUGUUUAUUGUCAAUUCGUAUCCCCAGGUAUUUGUAAUCUUCCACCAUGUCCACACUGACCCCUUGGGUGGAAACAGGGGUCACCAGUGCCUUAACCCUCCUCAGGUCCACCACCAGCUCCUUAGUCUUUUUCACAGUAAGCUGCAGAUGAUUCUGCUCGUACCAUGUGACAAAGAUUUCCACCAUAGCUCUGUACUCAGCCUCAUCUCCAUUGCUGUUCGACAUUUACCCUGAAUUACAAAUAUCUCUCUCAUCACCUGUUUUGUGGAUGAACUGAACAUUCAUACUUUACCACCUGCAGACUCCAAGCCUUGUUUUCCCCGAGCUCAAUAGUUUGGGAGUUAUAUUUACACACAUAUAUACACAUAACACUGUUAAUUUUCAUUUAAUUUGCUUAAGUUACUAUAGUAUAAAUGGAUACUAAUAAGCAUUGUGGUUUUCACAUCAAAAACAGACUCCAGUAGUAGUCUGUUGCUGCUGGUUCGUUUCUGAAGCGUUAAGGUUCGUAACAAAAUGGGGCCUGCUUCUGGGAUAUGAUCAAAUUUGAGGAUUGAUUAAUUAUCAAUUUCAUUGGGGAAAUCUCUUUUGAUUUAUUUCUGUUUGGAAAAUUUGCAGCAAUGGAUGUUGAUCGAUGUCAGGAAGCGCCAACCUCUGUGGCAUUAGAGGACGCCAGAAGUGUUGAGUUGUUGAGUAUUGCUGAAAGGUUAAAACUUGCUAAGGUGAAAUUGACAAUGAGGAGAUGCAGAGGAUACCAGCUGAACAUUAUGUAUCUGAGGGUGUGUUUAAAGUGGAGGAGUUGGAGGUGUUUCCUGAAAGUGAACCUCGUGAGCUUGAGCUCCAGUACAAGUGAGAAAAAUUAAAGAUGGAGGCUGCGGAAAGGCAGAGGCAGUUUGAGGCUACAGAAGCAGAAAAACAGACAGAAAAUUGUCUCAUAAAGUGUAAUAAAGGGAAAGGCUUAGCAUGCCUAUACUGCUUUGCCAGUUGAUGAAGCAGCUGAUUUUUUAUACUGCACCAAUCAUCGCCACUGGGCUAUAAACGUGCAAGAGCAGUGUGUGGUUCAUUGCUUUGCUCAAAAACACUCACACUGCCUCGGCUGAGGCUCGAAAACAUGACCUUCAGAUCACUAGUUCAACACCCUAACCAGCUGGCCACGCACCACACAUUAUGACCUAGUGAAGCAGGCUGUGCUCAAAACUUAUGAGUUGGUCCCAGAAGCAUAAAGGCAAAAGUUUCGAAAUUUGAAGAAACCUGUGAAACAGACUUAUAUGAAAUUUGCUUAUGAGUAAUUUGUGUGUAUUGCCCGCUGGUGCACAUAUAAAAAUGUAAAUGAUGAUUUUAACAGCUUGAACGAGUUGGUUUUAACUGAAGAAUCCAAAAAGUGUGUCCCUGAUGACAUAAAGAUGUAUUUAGAUGGAAAUGAUGCUGCCACUAUGCAGGAGUCUGCUAGAUUAGCAGAUCAGUUUGCUUUAACUCAUAAGGUUAUGGUUACCCUGAGUAAGAGUUUCGAAAAGAGUAGCAGGGAUAACCAGGGUAAACCAGAAAUUAAUGCUGGGAUUUGUCACAGUUGUCAAGUUUUGGCUAAACCUCAUCAGGUCACCCCAGUGGCCCCACUCCGACCUAUACCUGCAUUCUGUGAACCCUUUUCUAAAGUUAUAGAGAAUUAUGUUGGCCCAUUGCCAAAGCCUAAAGCUGGCCAUCAGUAUCUGCUAACUAUUAUGUGUACUGCGUCCAGAUUCCCAGAGGCAAUACCUCUCAGAAAUAUUAAAGCUAAAACUGUCGCGAAGGCUCUUACUGAGUUUUUUUUUUACUUUAUUCGAUUUGCCUCAAGAAAUCCCGUCUGAUCAAGGAAGUAAUUUUACAUCUGGGUUAUUCCAGCAGGUAGUUUCUGAACUGGGAGCAAAACAAAUUACAUCAUUUACAUACCAUCCGGAAUCACAAGGGGCUUCAGAAAGAUUUCACUCUACCCACAAAACAAUGAUUAAGACAUACUGUGUUGAAAAUGGAAACGACGAGGAUGAAGGAAUACAUUUGCUUUUGUUCGCAGUAAGAGAGUCGGUUCAGGAAUCAUUGGGCUUUACUCCAUUUGAACUCGUAUUUGGACGCAGAGUGAGUUAGACCUGUGGUGAGAGAUUUAUUGGAAGAAAAACACCAACUGGAGGCAAACCACGACUGAAGACGAGGGAACAGCAACAAGUGUACCAGCCCGAGGACUGAGAGCACCGACUGGAGAGAAACCAAUCUGACUCGGAGAUUCCAGUGAUUCAGUCAGGAGAAUGUUUGGUUAAAAUCGACCAGGAAUUUGUCUAUGGGAAUUCAAACUCAACACACCAGUUGUGCUGUCUCUGUCUAGAUAUUUAAGGAGCAAGAGAUUCAAUCAGCCAUCCUUCCUGCUCAGACUUUGCGGAGGGAUUCACUCGGUCAUCUGACCAAUUGACACGUCCAUCAUUUUACACGGGAGAGACCAUUCACCUGCUCAGACUGUGGGAAUGGAUUCACUCGGUAAUCUCAACUGAAGCUACACACUGGGCAAGGCCAUUCAUCUAUUCUGUGAGUGGGAAGGGGUUCAGUCGGUCUUCCCACCUGUGGACACACCAGUCAGUUCACACGGGGCAGAGACUGGUCAUCUGCUGAAUUUGUGGGGAAGGAUUCACUCGGUCAUC